AUGGCUUCCCAGGUGCCCUCGUAUUAUCCAUUCAACGAAUUUGCGCCGCUGCCGCCAUUGGACGCCGCCUCUCUCUCGAUCGAAGACUAUCCCCCUUAUGAUCAACCGUUCGAAUUAGAUUGCGGCGGAGGUGGCGGCAGCGGCGGCGGCAACUCUGUUUAUGCUCCCGGGUUUAAGUUCCGGCCAACCGACGAGGAACUGAUCGUGCACUACCUACAGCCGGAGUUUAUUAAAGCCUCUCUUCCGCAGACAAGGAUCAUCAAGCAUGCAGAUAUAUACGAUUACGAGCCACAUCAACUUUCUGGUUUAGUUGAAGAAGAUCAUGGAGAUGGGAAGAUGUAUUUCUAUACUAUGAUUAAGAAGAUCGGAAAAUCCAAGACAGAUCGAAGCAUAAAAUCGAAGAAGGGGAAUUGGAAGCCAACUCAAGCCCCCAAAGAAAUCAAGGGUAGUAUAAGUGGGACUAUCAUUGGCUACAGAACAUCUUUAAAGUAUUAUGAAGACAAGAAGAAAACCCAAUGGCUGAUGCAAGAAUACAAGCUCAACACUUCACACCAUUCUUCUCGACAACUUGUGCUCGCAGUAGUCUACUUUCAUCCCCAGAAAAAAGCAGACGACAGCGACGACGACUGCUGA